AUGGCGACGCUGGCUUCUUCACUCCUCCUGCUGCUUGCUCUGUUGACGGCGCAGACGGUGGCCCAGGCUCCUGUAGACCCGCUCCGAAAUUUCUGUAGGAGGUAUGGCCAUCAGACUGCGGUGAUUGACCGCAAACUCUACAUUGACGGUGGCUGGCUCUAUGCCAACCCCAUCUCGCAGAAUCCCAUACCCACAAUGAAUGAAGGCCUACUGUUCUGCGACCUGGACCAGACAUAUCAAGACAUGCCGCCGGAGUAUGCCAACCUGACAAAGAACUCGUCGGUCCCGGACGUGGCUGGAGGCACAUUGUGGCAAGAUGAGGUCAACAAGGUCUUCUGGUUGUACGGUGGCGAGUUCUCGGCGGCGCCGUCGGCGUUCCAGCUCUGGGGUUACGACGUGGUCUUGAACCAGUGGAAUCUGUCAUCGCCCCAUGUGGGAUCGACCGCGUCGAUACAGAGGGUGUCGUGGGGAGCCGGCGUGGCCAGCAGCGAGAUCGGCAUGGGGUUCUACUACGGCGGCUAUCUCAACAACCUGACCACUCCGCUGUGGACGGGACCACCCCUGGCGACGAGCAAUCUGAUCAUCUACGACAUGGACCAGAACAGCCUCACCAACAACACUGGCUACGACAACAUCGGCAGGGCCGAGGGCAUCAUGGUGUACAUCCCCGCCUCCAUGUCCGGUCUGCUUGUAUAUUUCGGAGGAGUCACGUUCCCUUAUGGCAACGAAACUGAGGUCCCGGCACCCAUGAACACCAUCAUGAUCUACGACAUUUCCGAUGGCAAGUAA